GUGUUGGUCCUUCUGCCUAGGGAAUGGGUGCUCAAGAGCGCGUUGCUGAUUGCCAUGUCGGUGUACACGUACCUGCGCCUCAUUGUCGACCACCACGGCUCACCGUCCCUGCAGGCCCUGCGUCAAAAAGAAGUAGAUUUCUGCAUCGCUUUGCUCCGGGACCGGUUCAUGGAUUGCUUCAUGGUCGGCCGAGAUCUGGUGCGGCUUCUGCAGAACGUUGCGAGGAUUCCCGAGUUUGAGCAGCUGUGGAAGGAUAUCAUCCAUAACCCACAGGUCCUGAGCCCCCAGUUCACAGGGAUGCUCCAGCUUCUGCAGUCUAGGACGUCCCGCAAAUUUCUGGCCUGUCGCCUCACCCCGGAUAUGGAGACCAAGCUGCUUUUCAUGACGUCUCGGGUACGUUUGGGCCAGCAGAAGCGGUACCAAGACUGGUUCCAGCGGCAGUACCUCUCCACCCCGGACAGCCAGUCCCUGCGUUGCGACCUCAUCCGCUACAUCUGUGGGGUGGUCCACCCGUCCAACGAGGUGCUGAGCUCGGAUAUCCUCCCGCGCUGGGCCAUCAUCGGCUGGCUACUCACCACCUGCACGUCCAACGUAGCCGCUUCCAAUGCCAAACUCGCCCUGUUUUAUGAUUGGCUUUUCUUCAACCCCGACAAGGACAGCAUCAUGAAUAUCGAACCCGCCAUCUUCGUCAUGUAUCAUUCCAUGAAACCCCACCCGGCUAUCACGGCUACCCUGCUGGACUUCAUGUGUCGGAUCAUCCCGAAUUUUUAUCCCGCUCUGGAGGCCCACGUCCGGCAAGGCGUGUUCAACUCCCUCACCCACAUCGUGGAGAAGCGAGUCUUGGCGCACCUCGCUCCUCUUUUCGAUAAUCCGAAGCUCGACAGGGAACUCCGGGCCAUGCUAAGAGAGAAGUUCCCAGAGUUCUGCACUUCUCCCUCACCUCCGGUCGAAGUCAAAGUCGAGGAGCCUGCGGCCACAGAGAUGGACAACCACAUGUCCGACAGAGACGAUGGCUGUUACGACCACGCGGAAGCCGCCUUCAGCGAUGAUGAAGAGGACCUGAACAGCAAAGGGAAGAAGAGAGAAUUCCGUUUCCACCCCAUCAAAGAAGCCGUCAUAGACAUCACCCCAUUCCUGGACCAGCUGGACGAGUCUCUGAAAGACAAAAUCCUGCUGCUACAGAAGGGGAGCGAUACAGAAGCUCAGUGUGAGGUCAUGCAGGAAAUCGUGGAUCAAGUCUUGGAGGAGGAUUUUGACCAGGAGCAGCUGUCGGUCCUCGCCUCCUGCUUACAGGAGCUCUUCCGAGCUCAUUUCCGUGGGGAGGUGCUGCCGGAAGAAAUUACGGAAGAAUCUCUAGAAGAAUCGGUGGGAAAACCUCUUUACUUAAUAUUUAGGAACCUCUGCCAGAUGCAGGAAGAUAACAGCAGCUUCUCGGUCCUGCUGGAUCUUCUCUCGGAGCUCUAUCAGAAGCAGCCCAAGAUCGGAUACCACCUUCUCUACUACCUGAAGGCCAGCAAAGCAGCAGCUGGCAAGAUGAACCUGUACGAGUCCUUUGCCCAGGCAACGCAGCUGGGGGACCUGCACACUUGCUUGAUGAUGGACAUGAAGGCCUGUCAGGAAGAUGACAUCCGCCUCCUUUGCUACCUCACGCCUUCUAUCUACACCGAGUUCCCUGACGAGACCCUCCGAAGUGGGGAGCUGUUAAACAUGAUUGUCGCCGUCAUCGACUCGGCUCAGCUCCAGGAAUUGGUGUGCCACGUCAUGAUGGGGAAUUUGGUGAUGUUUCGGAAAGACUCGGUCCUUAAUAUCCUGAUUCAGAGCUUGGAGUGGGAGACCUUUGAGCAAUAUUGCACCUGGCAGCUCUUUCUGGCACACAACAUUCCCUUGGAAACCAUCAUCCCCAUCCUGCAGCACCUCAAGUACAAAGAACAUCCCGAGGCCCUUUCCUGCCUACUGUUGCAGCUGAGACGGGAAAAGCCAACAGAAGAAAUGGUGAAAAUGGUGCUGAGCCGGCCGUGUCAUCCGGACGACCAGUUCACCACGAGCAUUCUCCGGCACUGGUGCAUCAAACACGAGAACCACUUAAUAGAGCAUAUCAAGUCUCUCCUGAUCAAGAAUAACAGUCUGCCCCGGAAACGCCAAAGCCUGCGCAGCUCCAGCAGCAAACUUGCCCAGCUGACCUUGGAGCAGAUCUUGGAACAUCUCGACAACUUGCGCCUCAAUCUGACCAACACCAAGCAGAGCUUUUUCAGCCAGCCCCCGAUCCUCCAGUCCUUACAGCACGUCCAGUGCAGCUGCGACGAAGCCCAUAAGAUGAAGUUCAGCGACCUCUUCUCCCUGGCCGAGGAGUACGAGGACUCUUCCAGCAAGCUCCCCAAGAGCCGCCGGAAGGCCGCCGUCUCGAGCCCCCGCAGCCGCAAGAACGCGGCCCAGCAGCCGGCCAGCAACGAGGAGGAGUCGGCCUCCAGCAGCGCAUCGGAGGAGGAAGACACCAAACCGAAACCGACCAAGCGGAAGCGGAAAGGUUCCUCGGCCGUUGGCUCAGACAGCGACUGAGGGGGCCGGGGGGUCCCCGCGGCACGGCCCACCGCUGCGCCCCCCACUCCCUUGCUCCGCCUCGGGGCACGCAGCUGCCGAGAUCCGGAUCGGCUCUGGUCCGGCCAUGCGGACGCAAACCGCUGGUGAGGACGGGGCUCCAGAGGGAUGCCCGACGGGAGGCGGUUCCUCCAGGCGGGCUCGCUCCCUGCCACGGAAGCUGCGCUCUGCCCGUGGGCGUCACACCCUCGCCGUGCCUGCCCGGCUGGCUUUCGUACGGGAGCAGCGCCGGCGAAGGGAGGCCAGAACGACGUAUGGAGCCUGCCUCUCUUCCGUUUUGGAAAUGUAAAUAAACCGUGUGAACUGCUGUGCUCCCCAACUGGUGCUUCUCCCAAGGAAAACCCAGGGGUGGCCUUGUUGGGGGGGGGUGUCUCCCCAGCCAGGCCAGGCGUUUCCUGCCAUCCCCAGAUCUUCUGUUUCCAAGAGUUGUCAUGUUUGCUUCCAAAUAAAGGGGCGAAGAUCCGG